ACCGCUGACAUUUCACGAUAAAAAACAAGUAAACAAACGACGAAAAAAUAAAUUUUUAGGAACAACUAAUAAUUAAAGUCUUAAAGAAGGAAAAGCCGAUCACAAUUAAAUAUUGUAUACUUGCAGAAAACGAGUAAAUUUCGAGUAAAAACAACCAGUUCAAAAGACAAUGGGAAAUUGUGCGGUUAUUGGUUGCAGGCCUUUCUCUAAACUUGAUAAUCCUAAGAACGACAAGCGUGUACGAUUUUUUCCAUUCCCAAAGGAACAACCAUGGAAAGAUAUUUGGAUUACUUUUACACGUCGUGGUAGUGAUUUUGAAGUUACUAGUAGCAGCGGUAUUUGUGAAGAACACUUUUCUCGUGCAGAUUUUAAUGUCAAAAAGAAAAACAAAAUUUUAAAGAAAGAAGCUGUUCCAACAAUUUUUAAACGCGAAACCUCGGACGGUGGUCUGGAGACCGUAGUUUUAACUUUCGAUAGGUCUAUACUUCAUUAUCUAGACGCUGAUACUUUGCUCCCUCCUGCAUACGAUAAGGAAAAAAGAAUUCAAGAUAUCCUUGAAAAACGUAACACUAUGGUGAAAGAAAUAUUGCAGUCAUGUCGAUUUUGUUCUGAAAGUGAAAAAGAUCUUCUGCCGAUAAAUAAAUUAGAAGAUUAUACAAUUAAUCCCACAGAUAUGAUAAAUUUUCUUGGCAUCGCAUCAGAUAAAAAUUUUUUUAGUGAUUUAAUUUGUGAGGAAUGUUUUCAACAAAUCAUCACUCUUGAUGCAUAUGGGAAGAGAUGUCAAAGAGCUCAACACAAUCUCAUUGAAGAAAUUAAAGUUCUUGAGGCAAACUUAGAAAAGCUUGAUAAGAUGUCCUUGUAUGAGAAUUUAUUUGAUGAAACAGUAGCAUGGAACUGUGAAGAUGAUAAUAAUUUCAGCGAUGAUGCCCAGUCAGAAAUAAAAAAUGACGACUCAAUCAAGAAUGAUAUCAAAAUUAAAAAAGAUGUUGAUGUGAAAGAGGAAAAUCUAAACGAAACUGAGAUGACUUAUGCUUUCUCUGAAAUAAUGAUCAAGGUAGAAAAGUUAGACGAUUCAGUUAUACAAAAUGUGGUAACAGAUAAUGUCACCACCUUUCAUCCCCAAUUCACGAUCAAUUAUGAUAGUAGUAAUUCUAUAAACAAUGAUUGCACAGAUUUUAUUGAUGCUAUAGACUCAGACAUUUCAGAUUUAGAAGCUAAUCCUGAUGAUUCCGUUCUGAAAGCGAUUGAAAAAAACAAAGCUUCGUCGAAAAAAACAUUGAUUGAUACUGCUGAAAACUUGAAGACGUCAACUGCAAGAAAAAGAAAGCAAGAAAAAAUGAAUCUUCAAGAUUCAGAAACAAAACCCGAUAAUUCUAAAGAGUCUAAAAAAAGCAAAAUUUCUGUUGAGAAUCCAACGACUGUUGCUAAAAAUAAAAAAGAAUUAAAAACAAAUAAUAAAAAAUCGAAAAUAAGCAGUCCUGAGGAUUCCGAUGAUUCAGAUUUUGAAAUUAAACCAAAAAAAUCUGUUACGAGAAAGUAUAAUAAAACCAAAACUUCGACAAAAGCAACGACGAGCAAAAAGAAGGAAGAUGUUAAGGAAAAUUCGGUAGCAGAUAAAGCUGGAGAAAAAUCAAACUCAGAAAAACAGAAAAUAGUUGUAAAGAGGAAGCCGGCUCCUAAUCUCAAAUCUCACGAAUGUUACUUUUGUGGUCUGAAGUAUGCUGGAAAAGUGGCUUUUAAAGGACAUCGAAAUGUCUGCGAACAGAAAACUGUGAUAUGUGAAUUCGAAAAUUGUGGAAAGACAUUUUCAUCAUUGAGUGGGAUUAACAUGCAUAAUUUACACAUUCACAAGCUCCCAAAAAUUUCCAGAUUUUUUUGCACCUGUUGUAGAACUACUAUGGUGAAAUCAGAAGAAGAUUUUAACCAACAUUUUCGACUGUGUGAAAGUAAUGCAAUCGAGUCAGUUUCAAAUCAAUCCGCCACAUGUGAUAAAUGUGAAAAAGUUUAUCCAUCACAGAGACAUUUAGCUGCUCAUAUGAUGUUUCACUCAAUUCCAACUAAGAAAACAUAUAAGAAGAAGGCAGAAAAGAGCGGAUUCUUCAUAUGCGACACUUGUGGCAAAAAUUUCCCGUUUCGAUCAUACUUACGAGAUCAUAUCAGACGAAUGCAUCCACCACCAAAUCCAAAUCCAACAGUUUAUGAAUGCGACUAUUGUGGAACAACGAGAAAUUAUCGAAGACUUAUUUCAAAGCAUAUUCGAAAUGUCCAUAGGCAAGAUAUAUCGACUUGUCCACAUUGUGGCAAGAUCUUCAGAAACAAAUCACUUCUUCAAUCUCACAUGAUCUAUCAUCAAGACAGCAAACGCAUUCAUUUCUGUCCAAUGUGUCCAACCAGACCACCCUAUGCGAAAGCAAUUGGAUUAAGACGUCAUCAAGAAGCAGUUCAUGGCCUUGGACCGGGAUAUCAUUGUGAAAUUUGUUUCAAAAACUUUAAACUUCCAGGAACUUUAGCAAAUCAUAAGUUUCUUGUUCAUAAGAUUGCACGGACAAGAGUUCAGAUAGGUCAUGCAACAGAAUAUGCUAAAGAAUAAAAUGAAUUAAAGAAUAAAAUAUUAAAUAAAUUUUUCUCA